GUGCCAACACGGUCACCUAAAUCCUCAGAGGCAUUCAAUAUAUCACUUUCACAAAUCAAUGGUGAAUGAUGUCAGGUACGUACAUGCAUGCAUGGGUUUGGCAUCACUGGGGAAAAAAAGUCACACUGUCAGUGACAAACAGUUCUGUUUGCCUGUAUAUGGCAGUUUGAGUCUAACAUUUUAUUCUGGGUUAGGUUAUUCACUUAAAUGAACACUCCAAGCACCAAAACAACUUCCUUUAAAUUAAGUGGCUAUGGUGCCAAGAGGCCCCUGGAGGCACUCUUACCUCAAUAGGUUAAACCGUUCUUGAACAGUUUAACCCAUAAACUGCCUUAAGAGUGAGUGAGUGUGUGUGUCUAUAUAUAUAUAUAUAUAUAUAUAGACACACACACACACACACACACACACACACACACACACACACACACACACACACACACACACACUUGAAUGCAGUAUGAUAACUUCAGUACAGGACUAUAAACAAUCUUGCUGUCCUGUGGCUCUCACGUGGUUCAUCACUGUGCCGGUAUGUUCAUCCUAAGUGAGUUUUCUAACCACCAAUACAAUCUCAUUCCUUGCAUGUCAUGCUCCCGCACAGCACCGGCUUAUGUUUAUCCCUUCACACUAAUAACGAUUUCUAACUGAACUCACCCAUAAAGUGUGCGGCUCGGGUCUUACCUGCUCGGCUGGAGCCACGCGUCUAGCUGGCUAGCGGUAGAUGGAUACUUAGCGGUCCCACGUGUUGGGAAGGACUGAAACCAACAAUAAUGGAUCAGACAGCAUAGAGCGGCAGACAGACUUCCGGUUAGCAGUAGAGGGCGCCAAGAGCACCAGGGAAAUCUAGUGUGCAUUGCAUUUUACAUAAUGAUAAAUACACAAUAUAAAGGUAUUGUGUCUGCACAAUCCAAUUUAAUGAUGUGCAUUACUACCAGCACUAUAUAAUGAAUUGCUUUGGAUGUAAAUUUUGAUUAAUGUGUGCAUUUAUUAUGUGACAUACAAGAAAUGGAACUGACAGCAGCUCCUCCAUUUAGUGGGGUGAAUUUUAGAUCACAUGUAAGUUCAAAGAAAACACCACUUCACUUUUAUGUCUAGUGAGACAUCAAUGUCAUAUGAUGCUCUGGGUACGUGCCCUUAGUUAUCAGAACACACAAGUCUCCCUAAUCCAGUUGGACAGUCCCAAUAUCAGGGUUCUGUCUGACCAUCUUGGAUUUCUUCUCCCCAAGUUCCACGUUUGCGGACACCAGAGACCUGCCUGCAGCAGAUGCACCUUGAGCCCAUCUAAUCAGAAAUGUGUUAUUUUAGCCUUAAUUCUGCAAAAGGUUUUCAGCAGUAGCAGAACUAACAGAGUCCAAUGGUCAGCCAAUCUAAUACUUUCCCAUAGGAAAGCAUUGGGAGACUAUUGAGCAUGCGCAGCAAAAAUCAGCACUUUGCAAAUCAGCAUCUCUUCAUAGAGAUGCAUUGAAUCAAUGCAUCUCUAUGGGGAUCGUUCAGCGCCUCCAUGCAGAGCGUGUAGACACUGAACGCCAGUGCUGCACAGUGACUAGGAAGCAAUUUUUAGUGGCAGUGUUUACAUUGAAGAGCCUACAGGGUCAGAUUAUAGACACCAGCACCACUACAUUAAGCUUCAGUGGUUCUGGUGACUAUAGUGUCCCCUUAAGUUACUCUCAGCACGGUGGGUUACUGUUGCAGUGCUCUGACUCAUUCAGUGAGCACAGGAUGCCAGAACAGAAGAGUCUUUGAAGGGAAACUAUAGGCCAGGAAUACAAAAUUAUAUUCCUAGCCUGUUGUGCCCCCCAACAGUAGUAUAUGGUUGCAAACCUUUUUGUCACUUACAUGAAUCCAGCACCAAUGUCCCUCGGUGCUGGGUCCGGCUCUUUCUCCCCCAGUGUUGUGGAAACUAAUGAGCAUGCGUGGCAAUUGCAUUAAGACAACCCCAUAGGAAAGCAUUGAAUCAAUGCAUUCCUAUGGGGAUUUGGCUGACGCCGGAUGUCCUCAUGCCAUCCACUGUCAGGUAGGUGACCAAAAGUUGCCUAACGAUGGAGUUAACCCUGCAAUGUAAUUAUUGCAAUUUAUCAAUAACUGCAAUAAUUACCUUUGCAGGGUUAAACUGACAGGGACACUGCACCCAGACCACUUCAAUGAGCUGUAGUGGUCAGAGUUCCCUUGGUGUCCCAUUAAUGUGGUCCCAACUGGCCAACCAGGGAUCUGGUCAGCAGCAACAGGUGACUACUGGGGAUUGGUGUCUGCAGUAAGGGAAGCAGGAGGGGGCUGAAACCCAAACAUGCUUUUUUAGCAUCGCACACAACUCCCACACAAUCACACUCAGCCACCACUCGGUGUAUUAGUUGGGGGUAAAGACGAGGGGCCCUUCUAUUAUUAUUAUUGUCCUGUGGUUCCUGGUUAUGUUCCUGACAUUCAAAUCACAGAAGAUAUGAGUUUAGUGGAUAAACAUGUAGGUGAAUAGUUUUAGCAGGAAAGCACACACAACAAAGCAGGAUUUAUUCUGAGCUCCGUGCCCCCCCCCCACUCCCCUUUCUCCUGGUUCUCUCCCGCCCUGCGCAGGUUCGCUCGCAGUGAGUUCAAACCAGGAGAAUGCGGCGGGGCGGGGCGGAGCGUGGCUUGCAGACCAGCUGACUUCCUGGUCAUUCCGUCGCACAGGUUGGACGUCACGCAAGCGCCGCACGUGUCGAACAGCUGCUUAAAGGGGCCGCGCGCGGGCAACCGUGAAUUGAUGAUCAACGUAACAAGAGAGAGAGCUGAGACCGAGAUCGCGGCAUUGUACGUACACAGCGAGUGAGUACAGCGCUCACAUAGGGUGAGUUAAUACCGGGCCGCUUUAUCAACCCCAUCUGUUACACCCAGGGCUAAGGGUGACCGGGACACAGCGUGCGGCAUGCAUGCUUUCACUUCCUGGGUGUGAGCAUAGCAUUAGCGGGCUCUGUGAGAGCCAUUGCAGCGCUGCCAGCAGUCAUACUGGGUGCUCGCCCUGCCCUACACCGAGUGCAGCGCGUGAGGAAGGGUGAAACCUAAUGGAGUACUCCCAUACCCUGUUACAGGGCCGUACACUGACACUAUUAUAAUAAUAAGGCGGUUUUUUUUUAGCAAGGUGUGGGGUAUGUGAGCUAUUUUAUAUAUUGAAUGUUUUCUGAAAUAUUCCCACCCCUCUUUUCCAGAUAUGAGAUUUUGUGCUGCAAUUUACAUUGCUGCUCAGCAAUAAUUUUAACUACUAAAACGAAAUGUCUUGGCCCAGUUGUAAUCUUAAUAGGGGUAUUUGUACCUUCUUAAACUGGCCUUUACUGGAAUUUUUUUUUUUUUCUUUCCCUUUAUAGAUUAUUCCUUAAAGCAAUACACAAAAACCACUUAAGCCUGGUGUAUGCUGUGUGUCUGGAUUCACUUGUGGAUUAUGUUUUGUUUUUUGACAGUUUUCUAUAACUGGGGGCAAGCACCUCUCCCUUGUUGUCAUUGAGACAGCCAGGAGGAAUUUUUUUUUUUUUUGCUUCCGUUAGCUACACAGAGCAGUACCAUGCCUGCAGCCCACCCACCUUGGGCUGCAUCACAUGACAUGACUGGUAUUUUAAUUUGUUCUAUCUACAUACUACAACAAUACUAACAGAUGGGUUUUCCUCUCACCUUGUUUAUCAUCAGGACGGACGAAUCUUUUUGCUACUUUUCUUUGCGAUCUGUUAAAAAAUAUCACAACCAUCAGCUAUAUAAGCCAUUCAAUGACCUUGUAAAUGUUUAUGCCAGUGACUAAAGAAGAAACCUGUUUGUCCUAUACGGGACUUGUAGUGUAAAAUAAUGCAGUUAUUCCCUUUUGAACAGCAAAGGUUGUACCUGUCAGCACUGGAUAACUUGAUCAACAAAUACCAUUAUGCAAGACCAGAGAGAAAGAUGUGAUACAUUUUUUUUUUUUUUUUGAAGACUUGUAGGUUUAUUCACUGAACUUUUAUUUAUAAAAUAUUUUACAAGGAUGGAUACAUUGAGCUUUCUCUAGUUUUCAAGUAUGUCCUGGGUCUUUGUCCACAAAACAUUGCAUUGUUACAAUACACACACACACUCUAUAUUGUAUUUGUGUGUGUGUAUGUAUGUAUGUGUAUGUGUAUGUGUGUAUAUAUAUAUAUAUAUAUAUAUAUAUAUAUAUAUAUAUAUAUAUAUAUAUAUAUAUAUAUAUAUAUAUAUAUAUAUAUAUAUGUGUGUGUGUUUAUGUAUGUAUGUGUGUAUAUAUAUAUAUAUAUAUAUAUAUAUAUAUUCAACCAUGACAGGUGCAUUCUGUUAAGAGAUUUUAGAUUGAAUGAACAUUUGACUGUCCCUGAGGAUAUUACAUAAUUGUGGUGCUCUGUAGGAAAAUUAUGAUUGAGCCACUUUUAUAUUUGUAUUGUGGUAUGCUAAAUAUCGUGCUAGUACUGGUUCGGAGGUUAUAGGAGGUGGGGGCAGCCGGGGAGAGCAUUCUACUCAAUGGGAGCUUCCCAGACAUGUUCUAAUGCACAAGGCUAGAAAGAUGAAGAGUGCGUAGGGAUUCCAGCGACAGCCAGUUUAGCUCUUUUAACAUGUCACAGUGGUGAAUAAAGUAAUUGCAUUCUACAAAGUGGUAGAACGAAUUCUAUAACUUAUUAAGGUGGGUUUGCAGUGCGGGUGCAUAUACUACGUCCCCAUAAUCAAUGACCGGCAUUAGCAUUUGUUGCACGAUCUGUUUCAUUAUUGUAGGGCUUAGACAGGAUUUGUUUCUGUCCAGGGGACCUAGUUUUGGGUAAAUUUUUGAAGAGCUUUUUUUUUCAAUGUGAAGGCCAAAAGAUAGAUUGGGGCCUAGCAACAUGUCUAGAUAUUUAAAAGAACAGACUGCUGUCAGUGUGCUAUUUGAAUUUGUUCCGAUACACAAUUAUUGAUUUUGUAGUUUACGUAACUUGGGUACAGUUCCAAAGAUCAUUGUAACGAUUUUGUCAGUGUUUAGGAAGAGUUUUUGUUGUAUCAAAUGAAAUCAGAAUAGCAAAAAUAACUAAGCUGGAAAAACAUUCAAACUCAUAGCUAUAAUCAUGGGUUGGAUAUGUAGGAUUAUAAAGAUAUAACUGUAAAACAGUCUAUAAUGUGAAUUUUGUUUGCAAGAAAACAAGACACACCACCACCCCGGAGAACAUCAAAUGAAAAGAUAAAUGUCCAGGCAUACCUGAGGUUGCUUCUGAAAGGCAGUCUCAAAGUUUCGUCUCCUCUCUGAUUCUUUAUCAAGUCAUAUAAUGUGUAUAUUUUAGCAGUUAACCGAGUCAAAAAGGAAUGGAUAACUUAAAGGACCACUAUAGUGCCAUGAAAACAAACUCGUUUUCCUUGCACUAUAGUGUUAAUAGAUCACCCUCCUCCUGCUGGGCUCUAGGGGGAGGAAAGGAUUAAAAUCUUACCUUUCUCCAGCACUGGGCAAUCUCCUCCUCCUAUCGACGUCAUCAGCUGAAUGCGCAAGAGCCACGCGCGUAUUCAGUCAGUCCAUAGGAAAGCAUUUCUCAAUAGCUGUCCUCCUCUUUAUAUUAUUCUCCCCUUCUCAAAUAGUUCCCAUGACGAUCUCUCAAAGUUCAUCUACAUUUAAGAGUAUUACAGAUUUUGCCUCUGACACCAACUCUCACUGUUCUCGCAAUAUUAGCAAUGUAGCCAUCACAUUUUCCUUGAUUUGAGCCUUUUAUGCACUUUGUUUCUUAACUACCAUUUUCUUUUGCAAUUAUAAACAUGUGGGCAAGGAUUCUCCCCAUCAUUUCUAUAUCUGGUAAUGUCAGUAUGUUCACAUUUCUUUUAUUUACAUUUUGUGUUGUAGACGACCAUGAAAGGAAAGAAAACACUGAAAAGGAAUGCUUCACCAGAGGAGAGCAAUGGAACCACUGAGACAAAGCGUCCAAAGGGUAAGUUUUUACUCUAAGACAAGGGCUAUAAAAAUUAAAGGCACCAUGUUGUUGUGGUGACCCAGAAAUUAAAACUGGUUUUGGGAAGUUCUCCAUUACUUUAUGUGCUUCAGAUCAGUGUAGAUGUUUCUAACAUGAUCUGAUUAAUUUCAUUGCAUGGAGCAAAAGGAAGCAGUCUGGCUUGUCCAGUCAUAAGAAUUUCUGUUGCAUACUAUGUUGUGUGCAUGCACUAUAAAAAUACAAGUUAGGGUGUAAUUGACAUUCAGUUGUGUAUGUUUGCAAAUAUUAAUUUUAAAAAAAUACAGAAUAAUGUUGUACUGAGCUGAGAACCCUAUGCUUUUGUCAACCGUAGUAAUUCAAAUGGUUUUUCCUGUAUCUCUUCUUAGUAGUGACUCAUCCCUCACAUGGCACAGUUGGAGGACAGGUUUUGGCCUUAGGGCAAGGUGAUGUUGGUCAGCUGGGUCUGGGAGAGGAUGUGAUGGAGAGAAAAAGACCAGCUUUGGUGCCUCUCCCAGAGGAGAUUGUACAGGCAGAGGCAGGAGGAAUGCACACAGUUUGUUUGGGAGCAUCCGGAACUGUAAGUUUGCCAUCCAUCAAAUUUAUGUAAUGGGUAAUGCCUGAGUUGUGGCAACUAACAGACUUAUUCAUCUUUUCUAUUAGAUUUAUACUUUUGGCUGUAAUGACGAAGGGGCACUGGGCAGAGACACUGCUGAAGAAGGAUCAGAAACGACACCUGGAAAGGUUGAGCUGUCUGAAAAGGUUGUACAGGUGUCUGCAGGAGACAGUCAUACAGCUGCUUUGACAGAAGAUGGUAGAGUGUUCAUCUUUGGAUCCUUCAGGGUAUGUGCUGUCUGGAAGAAUCAGAAAUGCCCUUUUAAGCACAGCUUUUCAGUUCUUAUAGCACUGUGAAAAUACUGACGUUUUGUAUGUAUUCAAGUAGAGAUUGUAGCCGUAUUCCAGUGAUGCAGAUUUACAAAACAGAUAAAAUUUGUAUCUUGUAAUACACUUUUUAUUUCAUAAAAUUUUUUGACUAUCAUAAUUUUGUAAUGACACGCUUUUGGGAGAACCUCCCUUUCUCAAGUCUAAAGCAUUUCUGAGCAAAGAGGAAACAUAGAAUUCAAAGUUGUGAUAAAGGGGUUAAAGUGACAUGAGUGCAGAUAAGACAGAUUUGAUUAGACCCCAUUUUCUGAGGGUUGUAAAUAUCUUGUGUGGAAAGAGUGGAAAAUAAAACCGAGCAAACCGUGUAGAAGGGGGAGAGUUACAAAAUAAUUACUUGUAUAAAGAACGCAAGAUACAAAAUAUAUAUAAUUUUAUUUUUACUCCAGAAAAAUGAAAGCAGUGGGGAAAUGACAGAGAAACAUCAACACAUUCUUCUGUUUUUUUUGUUUUUGUUUUUUUUUUGUAAAUUAAGGUUAGAGUCAUUAUUGCUAUACUAUAUAAAUGGAGGGUAUUGUUGGGUAAUCUAAGGUUUUAUAUGUAUGGAAUAAAGAUUGAAUAUUAUCUGAUAUUCACACACAUAGAGCCUUCAGGGACCCUGUAGUUCUUUGUUUUAAGCGGUGAUAUAAACACUUACGAAUGGCAAAUGACAACAGACUUUGCUUAACCCCUUAAGGACAGCGGGCAUUCUAUGCCAUCCUUAAGGGGCUGGCUCUAAAUGCCAACGGGCAGCAUAGCCGUUUUUUCCGCCCAUGUGGCCGGCACCAUUAGCCCGCUGCACAUCGCGGUCAGACAGCCCCACUGUGCCCAGUGACUGUGGUCUGCAGCCUCUGAUCGCAGUGACAGGCUGUCACAGCAAUCAGUAUUUUUACUAUGUGUCAGACGAUUUUUAAAUCGGCUGACACCCAUGGUCGGCGCCAUUCCCCUGCUGCAGAUCGUAGGUGACCCCGAUCUGCACAGUCUGAUUGCAGUCUGAUCUGCACAGUCUAUUGGCUGACACAUGUAACUGCAGCCAUGAUUCCACUGCAGAUCGCAGUGGGGGGGCAUGCCUGUGGCCAACUACCGCAAUCUGCAGCAUGUGAUCACUGUUACUGUGUCAGCCAUCGUUGGUUUUGCAGCUCCUGUGAAAACUUUUUUUUAAUUUUUUUUUUUUAACACCCUUUGUGUCAGUCGCAGCAAUCCAAAUCUCCCUUAACCCUUUUCCCGCUGCCUGAUCACUGUACUGUACAGUAUAUCUGCUGUACUGUAUCUGUGAUCAGAGUGCUCUCUGAUCAGACAGACUUUUUGGGGGAUGGGGUGGUUAUAUAUAUAUAUAUAUAUAUAUAUAUAUAUAUAUAUAUAUAUAUAUAUAUAUAUAUAUAUAUAUAUAUAUAUAUAUAUAUAUAUAUAUAUAUACUUGCAGUACUGAUCACAGCUGCCUAUCUGCAGCAGGGGAAUGGCGCCGGCCAUGGGUGUCAGCCGAUUUAUAGUGGAAAUGUUAUUACUCAGGCUGCCAUGCUCUCUCAAAGGCGAAAUAGGCCCAGAAAAUCACUUUGUCAAAUUUCAAUGUAAAAAAGCAUAAAUUGAUAAGCAUUAUAUACGACACUAUACCUUUCCAAAACCUAUACAUGGGGGGGAUACUGUGGCGCUCGUGAGACAUCACUGAACAAAGCUAGCAGUGUUUCAGGACCGUAAACUAUAUACUGACAAUAUCAGGAAGUCCCUUUUUGUGUGUGUGUGUGUGUGUGUGUGUGUGAGAGAAAAAUGGGGGGGAAAAAACAAUAAACAAGAACACUAACUUUGGCUAGGCUUUGUGCCCAAGUGGCGACUAAAAAAGACAUGCCAUGAUGGGGGUAACUUUCAUUUCUUGGCUGCCAUACGAUCUCAAAGGCAGCCUAGACACAGCAAACUAAUCUGACAACUUUCAAUGUAAAAAAGCAUAAGCCGUAUAUGUGAUCCUGUAACUUUCCAAAACUCCAUAAAAACUAUACAUGGGGUCUACUGUUUUACUCGUGAGACAUUUCUGAAUACAAAUAUGUAUGUUUUAGUGCAGUGAAACUGAACAGUAUUCUGACACUAACCGUUAAAUUGCCAUGCAGAAAUUAAAAAAUAACACUUUUUUUUUAAAUUUUUGAAAGUUUUAAUUUUUUUAUAUUUAUAUAAAAUGGAGUUACAUAUAUGAAUGUAUGAAAUGAAUGCUGUUUCCCCUGAACAAAAUGAUAUAUAAUAAGUGCUCACAACUUGUACAUUUGGCUCAGUCCUUAAGGGGUUCAAAUAUGUUUUAAUAAUACACACUAUAAAAUGCAAAGCAACAAAACAAUACAAUUAUAAUCAAUUUGCUAUAUUAUAUAAGCGUUCAAAUCAACAAGUCAAGUAAUUUACUUGACAAGCCUAAGAGUCAACAUUAGAUCUCUCUUUAUCUACAAGCUUAUCAGUAGAGGACAAUAAAGCAUAUACAAACUUCACAGCAGAACUCCACAAUAUGACACCCCUUGCAUUGCAUUGUUUUUUUUUAUUUUUCUCAGCCAUUUUUAUGAUAUUUUAUUUAUUUUAUGUUCUUUGCAUUGUUAAAUAAAAUAGGCCUUUGGGCCAAUUCAGGCCUCGUGUUCUCCUCCAUUACUCCAAGCAAUGUGCUAUAGAGCCUGAUAAAGCUCUACUUACUGUGAGUGUGUUUCCAACCUAUUUACUCUCAUCUUGAUCUUAAACAAUUUGGAUCCAACUUAUUACAAUAAGUAUUUGUGUACACAGUGAUCUGUUUUUGUUUUAAUAUUCCUAUUUUAAGAUGUUGGGGAAGCACUUCUUGUCAUAUACACGUGUUUUCACUUAUUUUUACUUUUUUAUAUUGGUUAUUUGUUUGUAUAAGCCUAUAUAUAUUAUUUAUUCCCCUUCUCUUAUACUUAGGAUAAUAAUGGUGUUAUCGGUUUGUUGGAGCCCAUGAAGAAGAGUAAUGUUCCUAUACAUGUGGAAAUAAAUGUACCAGUCAUCAAAAUUGCCUCAGGUGACUAUAUGUUCUCAGGUUAGUUAAGAAAUAUUGGUGUCCAACGUGUCACUGACAUUCUCUCUUCCCUCCAGGAAAUGAUCAUCUUGUAAUGCUUACCUCAGAUGGUGACAUUUACACCUCAGGUUGUGGCGAGCAGGGUCAGCUAGGCCGUGUUCCUGAGAGGUUUACUAAUCGUGGUGGGCGCAAGGGCCUUGGUAAGUAGCAAUGAUUACUAAUGAUAUAUUCAAAUGACCCAAUAACCUAUAGAUCUGUAGUAAUCAGCAGGUAGGUUUCCAUCUGUGAUGAUACAAGUCCUAGUUUGCUGAGGUACUUGUUUGUAGGUGUGUUUCUAGUUUGUCUUCCUCUUUCAACUCCCAGAGUACAACAUGCCAUCGAACACCUAGAGAAAAAUGCUUGUGUAAGGUGGAGUGGAUUAUUUUGGGAUUAUACCUGUUGUUCCUCGAAUUGUAUGGGUUAUAAGCACCUUUAUUGUUUCCUUCAUAUGUGCAUAAUGUUUAUAUGUAUGUAUGAAUAUUUGUAAAUAUCCAAAGUAAACCAAGAAUUAUCUGCUAAAAAGUUAAAAGAAACUAGCUGCUCUCCCAGAAGCAGCUGGAAGAGCCUUUCUAGGCAUGUCCCCUUAAGGUACUCUUCUCUGGCCAUUAAGUUAGAUGCAAAAAAAUUCAAAAUGUUAAAACAAGAAAAAAAACCUGUUACAUUUCAGGAGCCACAUGUAGAAUUGUGGUAAAUCAGAGCCUAAAAGGUAGUUUUCCACAUCAACCCAGUUUUUUUUUUUUUUUCUCCUACCAGGGAAUGCCAAGUUUGUAUUUGUCAAUUGACUACAAUCAUAAGCGUAAGUUUAGUCCACUGAGCAAUUUGAGCCAAUCUGAUAACAAUUCCCUGGCUAUCCUGUAGUUCACUCCUAUAAAACAAACUGUAAAUAGUUAGUCUAUCCACACUAGUUGGAACAGGCAGGGCUUUAAAUAAUAAUCCAAGGAGAAGAUUCAUCUUCAUACAGUGUAUUCCAUCCAGGACAUGGUCAUGAUCACGUUUUGAAAAUUCAAAUUUGUAAAGGACCUAUUGCUUCAUGUUUGUUUUGUUAUUUUCCUAUCAUUGGGGAUUCUAUCAUUCAUUGAUUAAUAGAAAAUAGACUACCCAACAGCAUGCAAUUUCCUGCUUCAUUUGUGAGGGCCAAUAAGACAGGGCUCAGCAUUUCCACUUGCUUGUCUGAGAUUUACAAGUAGAUAUUCAUGCAAGUGAUCACCCACUGCCUUCUGCUGUUCUGAGUUAGUAGUUUAAUAAAUAUUACAGAUGGAAGAUAUUUGCAGCAGACUGGGAUAAGUGCUAAAAUCUGUGAUAUUCCUAAUUUUUGGUGUGGUGUGUUUUUUUUAUUUAUUUUUAUUUAAAAAAACAAACCUUUCUAGCACAUAUACAGGGUUUCUUACAAAAAAACAAACUGUAUAAAGCCCCACAGGUCCCUCAAGAUUUGAAGAAAGAUUUCAUUUGUGUUGGAGGAAAUGGUGUGUUUUUCAAAAUUUAUUUUUAAACAGAAUAUUGAAACACCAUUAAUGGACCAGCUCAAUUAAGUUGUCUGGGUGCCAGGUCCCCCUAGUUGUAACCCUGCAGCUGAAAACAUAGCAGUUUCAGAGAAACUGCGGUGUUUACAUUGCAGGGUUAAUCCAGCCACUAGUGGCUGUCUCCCUGACAGCCACUAGAGGCAGUUUCCGCGUUCCUCAAUGCGAAAAUCACAUUGAACUCACGCUGGACGUCCAUAGGAAAGCAUUGAGUAAUUCUUUCCUGUGGGCGGUUUGAAUGCGCGCACAGCUCUGGCCGUGCAUUCGGAGCUGAUGACAGGGGGAGAAGAGGACACCAGCGCCAAGGGAGCCCGGCGCUGGAUUAAGGCAAGUAGUUGAAGGGGUUUUAAACCCUUCAGCCCAGUGGGAGGGGAUCUAUUAGCCCUAUAGUGCCUGGUUUGUUUUCCUAGCAAUAUAGUGCUCCUUUUAAUAUCUGUAGUAAGUUUCCUAGUAUAAAUGUAUUACAGCUUAUUUAUAGCUAACUAAUCAGUGUCUUAUCCCUGCAUUUCAGACACAAAUAUACACACUCACAGAUGCACAAGGAUACUUAUUGCAAGACACACCAUCUCAGGCACUUACACAGACACAGCCACAGCCACAAACUGGUACUAGCCUAUGCUCCUAGUUACACACUGAUUUGCGUUUGUCAGUUGCCUGUGUCUUUUCGUGUGUGUAUGUCUGUGUGUCCAAGGAGGCAACAUGGCAGCAAUGUCAGUGUAAUAGUGUUGGACUCCUUCUUGAGCUUAGAAACUAUAUUGGUCAUGUUUCCACAACUGUCCCAGAGUUUGUGGCUUCACAUGCAAAUGAGCAAACUGGCAUCAUGUUUCAGAAUUCUUAUUCAGUACCACAAUGUGUGUGUAUAAAUAAAAUGUAUUACACUAAAAAAAAAAAAAAAAAUGAAAACUAUUGUGUGCUUUAAAUAGUUACAGGUGUAUUCCCUAAAUGAAAAUUCAAAAUGUAUACUAAAAUAUCCAAAUUAGAAACCUUCUUGAAUUCACUCCUGUUUUCGUUUUGACAUUGAAAUUCACUGUAAAUUUUUCGCACCUCUCAUUUUGCAGAAUAAGCCGUUUUUUGUACUCUUUUUACAGACAUUCUGUAUGUUUUAGUUAAAGCCAUGAGAUUGUGUUUUUUAAAGAAACGGGAUGUGUGUAUAUUUAUUUAUUAUUUUUUUUUAAUUUAAUUCCCCCACCCCACAGAGCGACUUUUGAUACCUCAGUGCAUUCACUUGAAAGUUAAAGGGACUGGCCGUGUGCAUUUCCAGGAUGUCUUCUGUGGUGCAUAUUUCACCUUUGCAGUAUCAAGCGAUGGGCAUGUUUAUGGUUUUGGUCUUUCUAACUACCAUCAACUGGGUGAGCAAUAUCUCUAUUCCUUGCCAAUCCUUCAAUUUUGUUGGGGCGUAUUAAUUGAUUGUCUGUACUUGAUAUUUGACACUAUUCCCUUCUCCAUAGGUACAAAGAGCACAAAUUCCUGCUUUGCACCUCAAAACCUGACUUCUUUCAAAAAUUCUACUAAGUCCUGGGUAGGCUUUUCUGGGGGGCAGCACCACACCAUCUGUGUGGACUCAGAUGGUAAGAUCCCCUGACUGUUCUUGUGAUCUGUCUGUAACCAAAGUCUCCCUCUUGUGUUCUAAUGUGUAGAUGACAACCCACAAGAUCUUGCCUUUUUAUUUAUUUUCUAUUUUUCUUCCAGGAAAAGCAUAUAGUCUUGGUCGCUCAGAAUAUGGCCGACUUGGGCUUGGAGAACAGGCAGAGGAGAAAAGUGAACCUUCUGUGAUUCCAGAUUUACCCAAAAUUGCAUCUGUAGCCUGUGGUGCAUCAGUCAGUUAUGCUGUUACUAGGGAUGGUGAGUGUCAUUCUUGUAUAUGAAUGUGUUGCUCAUUGCAUCUAUAUCCUGUCUUUCGUAACAUGUUUUCUGCAUUACCUUCUUAAUUCAGGUCAUGUCUUUUCUUGGGGAAUGGGAACCAACCAGCAACUGGGCACUGGUGAAGAGGAAGAUGUCUGGAGCCCAUAUGAAAUGACAGGGAAGCAGCUUGAAAAUCGGGAAGUCUUAUCAGUGUCCAGUGGAGGACAACACACUGUUCUAUUGGUGAAAAAUCGCAGCUGACCACCUGACAUAUGAACUGCUUCCCCGUUGACUGCACCACCUCCAAACAAAUUAUUUUUUUAAUUUUAUUUUGUGCCCUUUGUCUGCCACCAUGUGAGGGGCAUAUUAACCCAUGCAUAUCUGUCUGUAGUUUGCCAUUACAUGUAUAUUUCUACAUCUUUGUCUACCAUCUCUGCAGUUUGUUGUGCUGUUUUUCCUCAUUACACGUAAAAUAGCUAUACAAUCAACACUGUUCCCUGUGCUUUUCUGUCAAUAUGGUUUUUACUUAAGGAGGCAGACACAAAGUCCAGAAAACAUACUUUCCUUGUUCCGACUCUUUGUGAGUUUUAUAAUUCUUAUUAAAUUUUAUUUUUAAUAUCCCCCUAAUCACAGAAAGCAAACUGCUUUAUUUUUUUAGUGUGAGCGAACCUCUUUUGAAUGAGUGUAUGACACUAGGAUAUAUUUCUAUAUCCCAUUUCAAAAAUAAAAUCUGCAUGGCAGGGAUGUAAUACACCUUUUAAACUCUUUGGAAUAAAUCUGUUUUUCAUAAAAUAAA